GGGACGCUUUAGUCUGCUGCACCAAGUCGUCACCACGAGAGAAACAUUUAAUGGACUCCUUUUACACCCGAGUACCGAAGUAUUGAUGUCCUAAAGAACUUUUAUUUAUUUUUAAAAAAAUGGAACCAGCAAGUAAGCGGCGAAAAGGCGCGGCAUGUGACCCCGAUUCUUGGACGCCGUACCCGGUCCUUUCGGACGAGCAGAUGCAUGCCGUCGAGCUGGUUGACGUCUUUGCCGCCCCCGUCCUCGACAAGCGAGCAACAUCCCGACUGAUCGCAGAGCUCAACAACCGCUACCCCUUGACAGGCCUGCAGCACGUGAAGAGGGUUCGUCCCACCAAGGCAGAGGAGGGCCGCCCUCACUCCCUGGAGAUCCUCCUGUGUCCCGUCGGUAAAGUUCCAAACUCGGACUUGGGCUCGUUGAGUAUUGGAUGCGAUGGGUUGGGCAAACCCUUCGUUGUCAAGGUACCCGCGCGCCCGGCUUUAACCAGACCCCAAUUUGAGCUGGCAAGCAAACACUGGCCCACCUCCUUCCACGAAGACAAGCGGGUGACCCACGCCCUCCGAGGAGAGUCCUUCAGCCCGGCUCAGAAAGCCCUGAUGCACGCAUACAUGUCGGUGGCUUUGUCUGCCGCCCAAGCGGGGAAGGCCUUGAGGCUGGAGGCCGUGGGGGCUGUAGUGGUGGACCCCAUCUCUGAGCGAAUCGUGGCAGUGGGCCACGAUUGUCGAGGGCGACAUCCGCUAUAUCAUGCCGUCAUGGUGUGCAUUGACUUGGUGGCCCGAGGGCAAGGUGGCGGCCACUACAGGUUGGACGCCUACCCUGCUUGCCGCUCGAUUCCGACAUCCCUCUCCGAAUUGGCGCAGAAGCCGUACAUCUGCACCGGGUACGACCUGUACGUGACCAGAGAGCCGUGCGUCAUGUGCGCCAUGGCGCUGGUCCACUCGCGGAUCGCUCGCGUGUUCUACGGAUCGACUUUUGCUGACGGAGCCCUGGGGACUAAGUAUAAAAUCCAUACGCUGAGAGGCCUCAACCAUCACUUUGAGGUUUACAAAGGAGUCAUGAGGCGACAGUGCGAGGAGCUCAACGGUGUGCCUCUUUGAAGA